GAGGAGGCAUGCGGUGUUAGAGAUUGCGCAUGCUGAGCGCGGAGCAUCUGAGCUAGUGAGAGAAGGGACAGGAGAAAAAGAGGAAGGAGGGGGAGACCGAGAGAGAAAGAGAACAGGAGCCGCUGAAUAGAGAGCGAGGCGGGCAUAAAGAGCCGGAUCGCGCUCAAACACUGCAGUCUUUCUUUUUGCUUCUUUGAAGAAGCUCUCUCUUCUCGCUCACUGGCCAUGACCCCGCCGGACGCCUUUAUGUCCAAGCCCACCUAGGGAGGCGGAGACGAACGAGGAGGGAGGGACCCGAAGAGGCACUCGCAAGAAGACAAUAUGAGGGAUUUGAUGUCUGUGGGCAGUCAAGAGAAAAAGGAGUAACCGCAACACUCUUUGGAUAGCUUAAGCAAGUUAGGGCAGAAGUAAAAGAAGGACUAAGGAGUUCUACUUCACAAAGAUUGAGUUGCGCAUGUAUUUGAUCCAUUCCUUCAUGCUUGUUGACGUUCCAUAUCAGCAUCCGUCUCACUCGUCAUUUUCACCGCAUGUCAGCAAAAAAUCCCAGUGCUGAGACACGGCAUGCCUUUUAGAAGUUGCCUGCAGAGACCUCGAUCGGAAACUUCUAAUGAGACGAGGUAGGGCAUUGCCGUAUCAUCUCGACAGUCCUAAGAAGCUCGGAUUUAGACGAGCGGGUGUGAAAGCCCUCCAAUCAACUGCCUGAUUAAAGUAUUCGGAGAUGAAGCUGCGAACCAUCUUAUCUGCCGGCGCUUGACACCUGUGUUUGAGGGAUUAGAGAACGGGAAACAGGCAUGGUCAGAUAUGUGUGUGCUGGGAUUAUGUCCUAAACACACAAGAAUUACACAGGUGUUGGGGAAGGAUUAUACAAACUCUCCUGCUGUAUUAUAGGCUUUAGGAGUCAGGUGAAUGACAGAGCAUUAUCUCCGACAGAUUAACUAUGACUCCGAGGAUAUAAUUUAAUCAUCUGCUCCAGGAUUUGAAAGUUUCCAGAUUGACUUUAGAGGUAAACUGAGGAUAGGUGAUAACACCCACAGGAUUCGGCAUCAUCACCCCCUCAGUGGAAUGACUCCUGCUUUGUGAACUGUUCAAAAACUUGCAUCAUGAGACGCUCAAGCACAGAUGAGACGCCCUACCGGCGCAGUCCGUCUCUGGACAGCAAACCCGACACGCCACCGUUCUCGUCCGGCUUCCACCGCUUCAGCGGAGAGUUUGAAUACAAACGGCCGCCCUUUGCGUUCGGCUUCCACACGACGAAGGGGCCGCAAACACCCAAGGGCCGCUACGGCCAGGGGAAGAAGUAUGUGGUGUUUUACCUCGACCUCUCCUUCAUAUUCCUCCUAGAACUACGGCGCUGCAGGAUGGCUGAAGGUUGCAUGAUGGCUCUGCGUUAUGGGAUGGUCUUCUUCAACCUCCUGUUCUGGUUGGGAGGAUGCGGCAUACUGGGGGUCGGGGUGUGGCUGUCAGUGACCCAGGGCAACUUUGCCACGCUGUCGUCGUCCAUCCCGUCCUUGUCGGCGGCCAACCUGCUCAUCGCGCUAGGGACCAUCAUCAUGGUAAUUGGCUGUCUGGGCUGUGUGGGGGCUGUCAAAGAGAGCCGACCCCUUCUGCUGGCAUUUUUCAUCCUCCUUCUGCUUAUCUUUUUCCUGGAGAUCCUGUCCAUCAUGCUGUUCUUCAUCUACCAAGACAAGAUUGACCACUACGCCCAGAGGGAUUUGAAGAAGGGCCUACAGCUUUUUGGUACUGAGGGCAACGUGGGUCUGACCAACGCCUGGAUGAUCGUCCAAACUGACUUCCGCUGCUGCGGUGUGACCAACCACACCGACUGGUUUGAAGUUUACAACGCCUCCCGUGUGCCGGACUCCUGCUGCCUGGAGUACAGCGACAACUGUGGCCUAGACAACCCAGGAACAUGGUGGACAGCGCCGUGCUACGAACGAGUGAAGGACUGGCUUAAUGAGAACCUGGUGGCCCUGUGGAUCUUUGCUCUGUGCACAGCACUUACUCAGAUUCUGGGCCUGGUCUUCUCCAUGACGAUGUUCUGUCAGGCUGUCAAAGUCGAAACCUUCUACGCCUAACCCUUCACUCCUCCCGACGCAUACCAGUACUCACAAACAACAAGCACAGUGUUACACCUUUCCUAUCGUUUGCUGUGUCCGGUACUAAUUUCUGUGAUGCAUUUUACCCAGCAGUAUAACAAACAUGUGUUAAACAAUGUAAUCCUUUUUUAAUGUGUUGCUUUUAAAUUAUUUCAUGUUUUUACGUGUUUUCAAGC